AACAAUAUUACAAAAAUGUGCCUACUGAGCAAACCAUUGCGUGGAAAAUUUGGAAAGGCCUUCAUAGAUUGCCUGAAAACUCAACUUUGUCCGAGCGGAAAACAAGCCACAGGCUCCGGAAGCUCCAUACGAAUGAAAAUUAUCCCAGCUUCAGCACGCACGGCCAAGACAUAUCAACAGAAAAACGAAGAUCUGAAACGGGUACUCUCACCCCAUCUGACGAUCUAUAAACCGCAAUUAACAUCGAUGAUGUCGAUCUCGUUGCGAAUGACCGGCUUUGCUUUGGGCCUUAUGACAUGGACGGUGGGACUGACUUCCCUAUUGUCCGAUCAUAAUGUGGAUUAUUUUGUUGAGCAGUUGAAAGCUUUGCAACUUGGCGAAUAUUUUUGGACCGCUGCUAGAACUGUCAUGGUUUUUCCGUUGUGCUUUCAUUUUGUUGCCGGCAUACGUCAUUUGUAUUUCGAUACAGCAAAGCUAAUGAAAAUUAAGCAAUUCUAUCGCACGGGCUAUUUGGCAAUGGGGUUAUCUUGUCUCUUGACUUUGGCCUUGGGAAUGUGGAAUCAAUUGUAUCCGGUGAGAGAGGAUGAAGUUGUUGAAGGAUAAUUGUUAAUGAUUUGUGUUACAAAAUAAAUAAAAAAAAAUGUUUGGAGAAAUUUACAUUAAUUUUAAA